UUUCCCAUCACUUUUUUCACAUUUUUAGUGACAAGUUUAUAUUGUACUUAGCUUUAUCUUUAUCAUGUAUUGUCUCUUAGUUUACAAAUAAUGUUGCAAUUCAUCUUUGAUGUUGUAUAUUAAGCAAUUUUAUGAUACAUAUAUAGUUACUGAUCAUUCCAUGUUUUUUCUGUAGGAAUCUGUCGUUGUUCCUAAGUGGUUCGUGAGAAAAUUCCCUGAUGUUGGACAGUUGCAGAAUGUCCUUCUCUCGGAUCCAAUGGACAACACGUUUGCAAUUAAGGUCAGAUCAGAAGCCAGUAAAUUGCUUUUUGCGGAAGGUUUCGAAGAUAUCUGCCAAGCACACAACAUUGCUGAUAUUGUUCGUGUCCAUUAUACGUAUACUGGGACUGGCCAUUUCAAUAUUAGGAUAUUUUAUGACGAGGUCACGGAGGUUAAUUAUCAAGUGCUAGAGGAUCCUGUUGAUGAUGAUGAUGAGGAUUUUGCAGAUCAUGAUGAUGGGUAUUUUGCGUGGUUGAAUGUGCUCACCAAACCGAUGGUCACUGACGGUCAAGUGUUGAGCAUCCCUGCAAAAUAUGUGAAUACCAAGCUCAAACACCAUCCAUCAUCACUGAAUAUCAUAUUACCUGAUGAGUCCGUGGAGCGAUGGGUUCUGAAAUGGGCCACAGAGAGGCCAUGGCAAUGUGUGUUCGGGGUUGGUUGGUAUGAUUUUGCUACGAACCAACGUCUCCGUGCUCGUGACCAGUUAGUAUUCUAUAAGAUGCCUCAAGCCGACACCUACAAGGUUGUCAUUAUCCGCCACUAAUUUGGGAGCUGCUGAAGUUUGGUCUUUGGAUUUGGGAAGGAACUUUGGAUUUUGUAAUGGGUUUAUCUUUGA